AUGAGCAUGGAGCCUCGCUCCAAGCAAGAAGAUAGCGGAGUGGUAAACAUUACGAGGGCAAUAGAGGCUUUGUCCCCUUGGUUGAACAACCCAAGGAGGACGAUCUUCAAGGUGGAAGUGCUGGUGCUAUUGGCUGCUGCGCUGCUGCUUGUCCAGCUUAUCUUGGGCUACUGCAGGCGGCGAUGGCACAAUAAUUGCUUCAUCAAAUAUGGCCUGCAGGUGCCUUGCAAACUUAUGAACCCUCUCAUCAUCUACACCUUGGGCACGAUGCAGUCCUCACCAAUCAAGAAUUCGUCGUAUCCCGUCUGGGCUGGUUUUCUCAUCAUGGCUUCAGCAGGCACCACCGCCGUCCGGCAAUAUGAUUUCUGUGGCAGCUUUUUGAACAAGUAUAUGCAGGUUAUGGGCGAGUGCUUCCUGGAUGUCUUUUACUUAUUGAUGUUCGCCGUGCUACUGGAUCCAAAUACGUAUAAAUCAGCCUGGGACCCACAGGUGUCUGGGACUUUAAAGGAAUCCACAGCAAGUUCAAAUGGUGUCUUAGAACUUGUUCUGGUUGUUACAUGCACAAAGUUCUUUGUAUCCCUUUGGUUAGUAGCCUUUGCAUACAAAUACAACAUAAAGCAGGGUACUCUUUUAGACAUGAUCGGUCGCACAAUACAUGCAGUGAGCAGGGAGGAAACUACUGCGAAUGAUGCUGCGAGUGACUCUUGCCCUCAGAGCAUGAAGGGGUACAAAUAUGAAGUUUGUUAUCGUCUGUUUGGAGGUGGAUCCAUUACCAUUGACCAGAUAUGGGAUUCUUGUGGCAACUCAGCUCAUGAUGGCAAUGCAUUGAAAGAUAUGUGCCUAUCCUAUGCCUUGUCCCAGAGGCUACUGAGGCAGCAAUAUUUUGGGCGCAAGGUGUAUCACCUUAAAGACCAUGAUUUUGUCUUCAAAAAAUUGUUGCAUUCUCAAAUGGAUUUCAAAAGAGCCUUCAGAAUUAUUGAGGUAGAGUUGGGAUUCUGCUACGAUUUCUUCUUCACAAAGUACUAUUUUACCUUCUUCUGGUCGAAUCUAUUGCCGGUGCCAUUAAUUCAAUGUUUGAUUCUAUUCAAGAUCUAUCUAAUUUUGAGGGUUGGAGUGUUUGCAAUCACAAAAUCACUGGUUCUUGAGACGCCAAAUCCUAUCAUAGAAGUAGGCAUUUCAGAAGCUGAUUACAUCAUCACUAUACUAGUUGUCGUUAUAGCCCUCCUAGUGGAUCUAGUGCAUGAAGUGUUUUACCUGGCUUCGAAUUGGGCCAGGGUAUCACUGGCCUGCAUGCAUGUCAGGAAAUAUUGUUGUGAAUCCAAUGCAUUUAUAUUUAUUUUUGGAAAAGUCAUUGGCUUUGUUAGAAGGGUUACGCUUUCAGCAGCGUUGAGAAAUAAGAUUCACCAGUACUCAUUUAUUUUUGGAUGGAAGCCGCAGCCAGACCCUGUAGAGGUUUCUGAUGCAGUGAAAGAAGCUAUUGCUACGUCGCUCAUAUCAACUUAUGGAAGUAACCUAGCUACUAGUGGAGAAACAUCAGUAAGGCUGCUGCAGAACCAAAUGUCUGAUCAGUAUUCUUGGGCACUCAAGGAUCUCUGUCAGCUGGAAGUCAUGUUGAUCUGGCACAUUGCAACUGAAUACUGCGGUAUUUCUGAUGAUCCUAGUAAUGAGAACGGGACUAAUCCAGGAAGUAAUCACCGAGAGUUGGCAGAUGAGGUGAUGGAUUAUCGUAGGAAGCUUUCCGGAUUCUUCUAUAGACUUCCUGAGAUUUACAGUAAAAUGAAGAAUUUAGAAGGCACACAAGAGGAAGAUGACCCUAGGACAAUGUUCCAAAAAGGCGUGAAACUCGAAGUCAUGUUAAUCUGGCACAUCGCAACUGAAUAUUGCGAUGCAAUUCCUGAUGACGAUCGUAGUGAUGGGAAUGGGACUGCUCCAAGAAGUAAUCACCUAGUUGCACAGUUGUUUGGAUGUGUUCUACAACUGCUUCGCCCAAAUCCCAGAAGAAACAGUAUUGCUCGAGAUGGUCAUCGUGGCGUUGCGGUUCACCUGUCCAGAUACUGUGCUUACUUGAUUCGAUCUCUCCCAGAACUGCUUCCAUACCACAAGGCGAACAUAGUAGAGGUUGCACAGGAGGUGAUGGAAGAACGUAAGGAGCUUUAUGGAUCCGACUACAGUCUUGCUUUGAUUUACAAUAGGAUGACGCAAGAGGAAGAAGAUGAUGACCCUAGGAAGAUGUUCCAAAAAGGCGUGAAGCUCUGUAAGCAGCCGGUGAGGACGCAGGAUGGGGAUCGUCGCUGGGAGGUGCUGAAAGAUUUCUGGGCAGAAACGAUCAUCCAUGUCGCGGCUUCACACUACACUGCCAAGCAGCACAUGCAGCACCUUGAAAACGGCGGGGAGUUCCUCACCCAUAUUUAG